AACACACUCUUCUCAGGAAGAGGCCGCGAUAGGUUUAUUUGAUACACAGGGUGAGGUAGGGAUUCGAGUUGUUUUCAUUGGCUAGGUGGCUGGGUGCCUGAGCAGCCUUGUGGAUGAACUGUCAUUCUCCCUUGACUUCCGAGGACCUUGAUUACUUUGUAACACACUCUGUGGAAGUUAUUGACUCGCCUGAGACUCUGCCUCUGGGCUGUCUCUUGUGUUCCAGGGACGCGGUACCAGAAUAUUUAAAUCACUGUGGCGUUAAAUACGUUUUAAUAUCUGAUAGGGCCAGUUUCUGCGCAUUGCACUUUUUUUUCCUUUCAGGAACGUGUUCGGGCCCGCGGCAGGGGGCGGGGUCGCGCCUCCGCCUCGGCUCUGGUUCCAGCGGAGCCUCACUGACGCCGAGAUGGAAAUCCCGAGGCUGCUCCCGGCUCGCGGGACACCACAGGGCGAGGGCGGCGGCGGCGGCGGCAGCGGCGGCUGCCCCGCGGGUGGCGGCGGGGUCCACCGAGCCCCGGACGCUCUGGCUUGUCAGGCCCCCACGCGCCGCCUCCUACUGCUCCGGGGGGCCCAAGAUGGCGGGCCGGGGCCGCGGAGCGCAGAGGCCCAGAGGGCCUCCCGGGGCCUGGGCCGGAGCCCCAACCGGUUGGCGCCGAGGCCGGAUAACCGGAGCGGAGGCGGAGGCGGCGGAGUUGGCGGCGACGGCGGCGGCGGCGGCGGCGGCGGCGGCAGCGGUACCGGCGGCGGCGACGACUUCUUCGCCGCCGCCGCCGCCGCCGCCGCCUCCUCGGCGCAGCUGGGCGACUGUCCCGAGCUGCCACCGGACCUCCUGCUGGCGGAGCCGGCGGAACCCGCGGCCGGCCCGGCGCCUCCGGAGGAGGAGGCCGAGGCCCCGGCCGCCGCCCAGAGCCCCCGCGGGCCUGUGGUCCCCGGCCCGGGCGUGGUGCUGUACCUGUGCCCGGAGGCGCAGUGCGGACAGACCUUCGCCAAGAAGCACCAGCUGAAGGUGCACCUGCUGACGCACAGCAGUAGCCAGGGCCAGCGGCCCUUCAAGUGCCCCCUGAGCGGCUGCGGCUGGACCUUCACCACGUCUUACAAGCUCAAGAGACACCUGCAGUCGCACGACAAACUGCGGCCAUUUGGCUGCCCGGUGGAGGGCUGUGGCAAGAGCUUCACCACCGUGUACAACCUCAAGGCGCACAUGAAGGGGCACGAGCAGGAGAACUCCUUCAAAUGCGAGGUGUGUGAGGAGAGCUUCCCCACGCAGGCCAAGCUCAGCACCCACCAGCGCAGCCACUUCGAGCCCGAGAGGCCUUACCAGUGUGCGUUUUCUGGCUGCAAGAAGACGUUCAUUACUGUGAGUGCCCUGUUUUCUCACAACCGCGCCCAUUUCAGGGAGCAGGAACUCUUUGCCUGCUCUUUCCCGGGCUGCAGCAAGCAGUAUGACAAGGCUUGCAGGCUCAAGAUCCACCUGCGGAGCCACACUGGGGAGAGGCCUUUCCUCUGCGACUUUGAUGGCUGUGGCUGGAACUUCACCAGCAUGUCCAAACUCUUAAGGCACAAGAGGAAGCACGAAGACGACCGCAGGUUCACCUGUCCCGUAGAGGGCUGUGGGAAGUCCUUCACCAGGGCCGAGCACCUGAAAGGCCACAGCAUAACCCACCUGGGCACGAAGCCUUUCGUGUGCCCCGUGGAAGGCUGCUGUGCCAGGUUCUCUGCUCGCAGCAGCCUCUACAUCCACUCCAAGAAGCACUUGCAGGACGUGGGUGCUUGGAAAAGCCGCUGCCCGGUGCCCACCUGUAACAAGCUCUUCACGUCCAAGCACAGCAUGAAGACCCACAUGACCAAAAGGCACAGCCUCAGCCAGGACCUCUUGGCCCAGCUAGAAGCUGCCAACUCUCUCACCCCCAGCAGUGAACUCACCAGCCAGGGGCCGAACGAUCUCAGUGGUGCCGAGCUAGUGUCUCUGUUCUCCGAUGUGCCUGGCCACAGCUCUGCUGCGGUGCUGGACACGGCCCUGGUCAACUCUGGCAUCUUGACCAUUGAUGUGGCCUCUGUGAACUCGACCCUCGCAGGAGGUCUCCCUGCCGAAAAUAGUAACAGCAACCAUUCCUUGGGGCAAGCGGUGGACCCUCGGGCCUUGAGGGGGCCCCCCAGUGACCUUCCCCAGAGUCUGGAUACGUCUCUCUUCUUCGGAACCUCCUCGCUGGCUGGCUAUCAGCACAGCCCCUUGGACAUGGACGAUGUCUCUGCUGGGAACGUGGGGCUCUUUGGCUCCUUGGCUCUGAAAAACUCAAGCCUGGAGCCCCAGGCUUUGACACCCAGCAAUAAGUUGACCGUGGACACGGAAGCUCUGACUCCCUCCAGCACCCUCUGUGAAAACAGUGUCUCCGAGCUACUGACCCCAGCCAAAGCCGAUUGGGGCAUGCACCCCGAAUCUGACUUCUUUGGGCACGAGGAAGAAACCCAGUUCGGAUUCUCCCAUACGACAGGAAGCCAUGGUUCUCAGAGAGAGACAGAUCUUAUCACGGUGACUGGCACCCCCUUUUUGGUAUGAACCGACUCUGCCUGUUCCCUGCCUGCCUCCUGGCUCACUUUUUUUUUUUUUUUUUUUUUUUUUUUAAAUCACACUCAAAUGUGAGAAUGUUCUGGAAGGAGUGCUUGCUUGAGUGGCCUGCCUGCAGUUCUUUCUUGCUGCCUUGCGAAGGAACGCAUCUGUGGACUACCGAUUUAGGGAUUUCAGUUCUCAUCUUGAGUCUGAACUGAGGAGUUCUCUGACUGAGCAAGUCUCUUAACCUAGCUGAGCCUUAAUUUUUUUCUUUUUACUCAUACAGGAGGUUGUUUAGGUUAGAUUGCUUCUGUUAUCUUUUUAGCUGUCCAGAAUUUGUAUUAUUUUGUUAUUUUUGUUUUUUUCUUCAAAAUCAUUGGGGCACCCCAAACAGUGGUAUGCUCUUGUUUUGUAUAUAAUGAAAAUUAAAUUAUAUAAUAAUGAAUAUA